AUGAGAAAUAUGAAUGGGUCAGGAAAGCUUGUGAUUCAAGAACAUUGGUUGGCUUAGCUAGGACAGAAGAUGUAGAUGGGAGAUAUUUUGCUUCAUUUCCUACCCCAGACAAAGUAGAGGGAGAUCUGGAAUCAGGAUUAAAAGUUCUAUUGUCUUCCUUGCCAAAAGAUGGCUUCAGCAAAUGUUUGGAGUAUUUUACUACACAGGCCCUGAUUGAGGGGAAUAUAGAAGAAGAACGGGGAGGAUAUUGGAGUUUUGGAGGACCUGGAGUUGAUUUUGCUAAAACUGUGAGCCGAGGGCCAGAGGAGAGGGUGGAAAUUAUCUGCUUACAAGCUCUAAUCAGUCACUCCAAUGAGCGACAUCAUUGCUUUGAAAUGAUGAAAAUGGGAGUGCUACCACUUCUACAACAGACGUACCACAAGAGGAAAUACAGCAUAGUGAUGAGAAGACAGAUCGCAAGAAUUUUGGGAAAUUUGUCCGUCCAUGAAGAGCUACAUCCAGAAAUCAUUAAAGGGGGUUGGGUAUCCCUGUUGUAUAAAUGGUCCAAGUCCUCUGACCUUCAGCUGUCCUUACACGCCUCUAGAGCACUAGUUAAUCUAGACAGGGAUGAUGGGACAUUUCUGUAUCCCAGUGGAGUCUACCUUGUACACCCAACAAAGAGAUCUAAAGACCCAGUGAUGGCUGAUGUGGUGUUUGUCCAUGGAUUACUUGGUGGACCUUUUAAAACCUGGAGACAACAGGACAGGAAGAUGCCAGACAAAGACAAUGUAGCAGAAGGGCCGGCAAGUGUCCGCAAAGGAACUUACACCUUCUGCUGGCCAAAGGAUUGGCUGUCAAACGAUGUUCCCUUUGUCCGUAUUUUGUCUGUAGAGUAUGACACAAAUCUCAGUACAUGGAAUGCAAACUGUCCAUAUGAGACAGAAAAGCGUUCCUUACCAAGGCGAGCUUCAGAACUUCAAAAGAAGUUGAAGGCAGCAGGGGUGGGGUCACGACCUAUUAUCUGGGUCACACAUUCAAUGGGAGGGCUGUUGGUUAAGAAAGUUCUCUGUCAGAGUAACCUUAGUCCAGAUUGUUCAGACAUUGUCCGCAACACGUCGGGGAUUAUCUUUUACAGCACGCCCCACCGAGGCUCCGCCCUGGCCAACAUCUCCAACCGGGGGAGUCGUAUCUUCUCCCCCACGGUAGAGGUCCAGGAACUCAGUCAAGAAAAAGCAUAUAUUGGCCAAAUAUCUGAAUACAUUUAUCCAAAGGACAUGGAGAAAAAUAUUGAAUAUGAAAAGAAUGAUCUAGGGAAAGAUAUUGAAGGUAAAGAAAAAGAAGAACAAGUGAUUGAUGGAUUUCAGGAAGGACUAUCAAACGAUGAAGAUAUUGUUGACAGAAAGAAAGAGGAAGAAGAGAGUCAAGCAGAAAUAGUCAAGGAGUCUGAUGACCUGAGAGAGUCUGGUGAGCAGGAUAAAAAUGAAAAUGAGGCUGACAGUGAAAAUGAGGCUGAUGAUGAAAACGAAGCUGACAAUGAAAGGGAAGAAAGUUUAAAAGUGGAAGAAGGAGAAGAUACUGAUAAUGUUAAAACAAAUAAGGAAGUUGUGAUAAAAACUCAGGAAAAAGAAACUGACAAGCAUACAGGGGAAGACAACAAGUCAAAGGAUGUUGAAGAUAGUAAAGAAGUGAAAACAGAAGUGGAUAUGAAACCCAAAGAUUCUAGUCAAAUGGAAAGUAGUGACUCCAUGACCUUGAGUAAAUCUGAGGUCACCUCAGGAGAUAUGGAGGACUCGGAUGUGAUUUCCAAUGGAUUUGAGGUCAUUCCGGCUGAUAGUGUAAACAUUCCUUUUACCCACUAUGUGGAUCAUAAAAAUCUAAUACGUUCAGCAGGACAGGCUGACAGAUUUGAUGGGGAAAUGGAACUUACUCACCUUCUAAAGGGGUAUAAAAACAGUAAUAAGGAGCUUAAAGACUUCCACAGAAAGAACUCCUGGGAUACCCAUCACACUAUCCGGGGUCAACUCUGGGUCAAAGUCUGUGAAACUCUUCAUAAAGCUAAAGGCAAUCUGUAUGAUGACUAUGAGAAAGAUCUUUUUCACCAAAGAAACACAGAUGAUAUAGCUUUACCUCCGUUUGUGGAUUUUAAUAACCUUACCUCCUAUCACCUUUCUGAACAAGGAACCAAAACUGUGGCCAAAAUCCUCGCUAUAAUCCAAAAUACCAAUCCAGAAAUUUUGUACUGUCCCACACUGUACGCCAAGCUGAGUAUAUUCCUCCACUACAUGGGACCCUCCGAUGCUUUUAACUGUAUAUAUGCUUUACUGCGCUCCAAAGAUGCCUGCAUCAUGCAGACCAAAGUUGCUGUGGAGGCUUCCAAACUUGUACUUCGAGAUCUUACCAAAAAAUAUGCAAAAUCAGCGUAUGUUUACUUGGUCCGACACAGCAGUGACAUUACAUCUGUGUUUGAUACCUGGAUGUGGUGGCUGUUUUCUGACCUACCCUUCCCACACAUUGUGAGAAUUCUUGACUGUUAUUUAGUUGAAGGAGUGAAAGUGCUGUACAGAAUUGUGCUAGCUAUACUCAUCUUAUUUACAAAAUACUCAGUUUCAGCUAAACAACACCACCAUGGGGUAAUUACAGAUACUUUCACUGUGUCUGAAAGAAUUCGACAAUUUUGUACCAAUAUGCCAUUCCCUGUAGAGAAACUGCUGAAG